CUCCCCACCACCACACGCUCACACACAACGAAAUGGAGACUGUGAAGAGAGGCAAGACCGUCCUCGGCCUGGAAAUCAAUCUGAUUCUCUUUUAUGUUGGUGCUGCUCGUGCCUGUAUAGUCUCGGUCUCUCAACCACAGUACCUCGAAAUGGACCACACCCAAGAAGCCAUAACCAUUCAGUGUUCCUACUCCCAUGUGGGGUGCCCCGCAGAGCAACCAAGAAGCCUGUGGUUUCGCUAUGGAGCUCACCAGCCGGAGAACCUCUGCUUGGAUGGAUGCACCAGCGAUGCGGGCAAGUUCACAGUGAAGGAAGCCCUGACACAAAAUCAGGUUUCCCUCACUGUGAACAGGGUGACUCUCAACGACAGUGCCAUCUACAUCUGUGGAAUAGUCCUUCCCUUUUCAAAGGAACCAGGAGCCAAGCGGACCGGAGAAGGGACCAUGCUGGUGGUGAGAGAAAUGAAGGGGCUCCACAGUCUCCUGAUAGCUGUUCUAUCACUGCUCUCUAUCUACAUGACUGUUGUUCUCGGGAUCUUCGUGGUCCUCUCCAAAUCAAAAUCUAACUCUCUAAGAAACAAAGAAACAGAAGACUCACAAAAGGAGAGAGGCAACACUUAUGAAUAAAGAAGAGCACUUUCUAACAUGAAAAGCCACAGAAAUGUUUUAAUUUUCAAUGAAGUCACUGAAAAUCCGAA